UGCCUUUAGCUUGGGUUGACUCUUAUCCAUUCUUCAGUAUUCCCGUUAGAAGGUGGGACUUUGAUCUGUUUUAAUUUUCCUGUCAACUGCGACAAGGUAAACAAGAGAAGAAAUGGUACUGCACUGUUGCCCGUCCAUUUCGAUUCCGAUUCCCAAGCCCUUGUUAACCUUAACUCAUCGUAUCAAACCCAAGCCAAAAUUCAGUUGCUUUGUUGUCCCCAACAUUGGGGUUGACGAUAUUGCUCAACUCGCCCAUAACAAGGUGCUGGUGGCGGCUGCAGCCUCGGCAGCAAUUGGGCAGCUAUCAAAGCCAUUCACUUCUGUUCUUCUUUAUGGGAAAGAUUUCGAUUUCAAGACUGCUUUUCAAGCUGGAGGCUUUCCUUCUACCCAUUCCUCCUCUGUCGUGGCUGCUGCAACUUCUCUUGCUUUUGAAAGAGGGUUCUCUGAUUCGAUUUUCGGGGUGACGCUGGUCUACGCCGGCCUUGUCAUGUACGAUGCUCAGGGGGUGCGAAGAGAAGUAGGGAAUCAUGCAAAGGUGCUGAAUGCAAUAUUAGCCAAGAGACGGGUUAAUUCAGUUGUCACUGAGGACAGAGAUAAUUUGAUCGAUUCUCGUGAAGAAACAUCCGAAUCUGCUGGAAAUUUUGAGGGGCGUAGUCCUACAUUACCCAAGAAAUCUAGCUCUUUAGCUUCAAAAACCGCGAAUAUUUCGCUAUUAAUCGCUUCCGAGAAAGAAACAAGUCAAACUUUUGAGUUUGCAGCAGAAGAUUAUGAAGUUUUAGAUCAAAUUCGAUUAAAAGAAUCAAUCGGACACACAGAGGUUGAAGUUGUAGCGGGGGCAUUAUUAGGUUUUCUUGUAAGCUUGGCAGUCUAUUCCAUAGUUAUGUGAUGUUAUAUUUAUAUCAUAUGCUUUGCGCAAUGAAUCUUUUACCUUUUCUAUUUGGGGGAUUGAAAAAGAAUAUAUAAUUCUUUUAG